AGUCGUACAGUCCUGAACACAGACCAGGCCUCCUCGGCCUGGGAUUUUGGAGUGAUCACCACGGGCAACGUGUUUGGGUUUCUCAGGGGAAUCUUUCAGUCGACCCUGGCUGAGUCUCAGCAGCUCCCGGCAGAACCUGCUGAGGAGAAGGAAGAGAACACUAUGAAGAGGGACAAAGAGCAGCUGAGAGAACAUCUCAGCGCCUGGGACUACCCUCACGGGCUGGUUGGUUUACACAACAUUGGACAGACAUGCUGCCUUAACUCCCUGAUUCAGGUAUUCAUAAUGAACAGGGACUUCACCAAGAUACUGAAGAGGAUAACAGUGCCGAGGGGAGAUGAAGAGCAGAGGCGAAGUGUCCCUUUCCAGCUGCUUUUGCUGCUGGAGAAGAUGCAGGACAGCCGGCAGAAAGCAGUACGACCCCUGGAGUUUGCCUACUGCCUCCGGAAAUACAAAGUACCAAUGUUUGUCCAGCAUGAUGCUGCUCAACUCUACCUCACAAUCUGGAACCUAAUUAAGGACCAAAUCACUGAUGUGGACUUGGUAGAGAGGCUUCGGUCCCUGUAUACAAUCGAGACCAAGGAGUCCUUGGUUUGCCUUGAUUGCACAAUGGAGAGUAGCAGGAACAGCAGCCUGUUAACCCUGCCCCUUUCUCUCUUUGGUGCGGACUCAAAGCCCCUGAAAACACUGGAAGAUGCCCUCCAGUACUUCUUCCAGCCCAAGGAGUUAUCAAGCACGAGUAAGUGCUUCUGCCAGAACUGUGGGAAGAAGACCCGUGGGAAACAGGUCUUGAAGCUGACCCACUUGCCCCAGACUUUGACCAUCCACCUCAUGCGAUUCUCUAUCAGAAAUUCACAGACUAAAAAGGUGUGCCACUCACUGUAUUUCCCUCAGAGCUUGGAUUUCAGUCAGGUUCUUCAAACUAAGCAAGACCUCUCUGAUGAGGAGGAACAGUCUGGAGGACAGUACGAACUCUUUGCAGUGAUUGCCCACAUGGGAAGGGCUAACUGUGGUCAUUACUGUGCCUACAUCAGGAAUUCUAUGGAUGGAAAAUGGUUCUGCUUCAAUGACUCCAAUGUUUGCUGGGUGUCCUGGGAAGAUAUCCAGUGCACCUAUGGAAAUGGUACCUACCUCUGGUAAGGAAAGCAUUUGAGUAAUGAACACCUGACGAGCUUACACAGGGUUCUUGGAGCUGUAUGAAAUUGUUUGGGGUUCAGUUGUUACUAUUACACUGCUGACUCCCCAGAGACUAUCAGCUAACCAUGUUUUUGUCACAAUUUAGACUCUAGUCAUACUGAAGUAUAAGUAGCUCUCCAAACAACCAUGUCCUCCAACUUUCCCCUGCAUCUUGCAGUUGCCCGCUCCUAAUUUACCACAUAGGCAAAUCCUCACUCAUGUUCUAAUAUUCCUGGUCUUUUCCUGCUCUGUGAAGUCUUUACUAAUUCACAAAUAGAUUUGUAGGGGGCUCCCAUCUGCUUCUGCUGCAUUCUGAGCAUAUCUCCUUUACAGCAAGGGUCACAUUGUUUAUUAACUGUUGCUUAUAUAACUUGCUUUCACAUUAGAUCAUGAACUCUUUGGGGAAAGGAUUGCUUUUUUUAUUUUUCUUUAUCUGACUUACUUACAGUGAGUGUCAGUAAUCAUUUUUUAAAACCAAUAACUACAGAAGGGGACCUGGGGUGGAGGGAAGUCUGGAUGAAGUUAAAGCAGAGAGGGUGUUUAGUUUUUUCAGCUGAGUUUUCAGAUGGCAUACCAAAGAUGGUAUUUAUGAUGAUUUUCGGCUGCAGAGGUAAGCCUGAUCAUUGGAAAAAUAAUCAAUUACAGUAGGUGAAACACGUCUGAAAUGCUCCUUCUACUUUUCAUCUUUCUCUUCUGUUUCUUCUAAGCAUCCUUCUUAGAUGCCCAAUCUUUGUCACUUUUUGGUUGUAUUGAUUCCCUCAUUAUCUAAAUCAGGGUUUGGCACAUUUUCUCUGCAGAAGGCCAAAGAAAAAAUAUUUCAGGCUUUAUGGCCCAUAUAGUCUCUGUUGCAACCACUUAACUGCCCAGUAGCACAAACGCAACCCUAGAUAGAACAUAAGCGAAUAAGCAUGUCUUGUGUUCCAGGUAAUUUGCCAAAAAACGGGGUUGGAUUUGGUGCA